ACGCGGCGGCGGUGGGAUGGCGGACGCCGACAAGGCCGAGGUGCCAGGGGCUGCUGGCGACGACAGCCCGCAGCAGCAGGCCGCGGAGACGGCGGGCGAGGCGCGGCGAGAACUGCACCCGCCGGAGCCGGAGAAACAGCAGCCCCACAGCAGCAGCUCCAAUGGCGUUAAAAUGGAGAAUGAUGAAUCAGUAAAAGAAGAGAAAUCUGACUUAAAAGAAAAGUCUACAGGAAAUAAGAAGGCAAAUAGAUUCCAUCCUUAUUCAAAAGACAAGAAUUCAGGCACCGGAGAAAAGAAGGGUCCAAAUCGUAACAGAGUUUUCAUCAGCAACAUCCCGUAUGACGUGAAAUGGCAAGCUAUCAAAGAUUUAAUGAGAGAGAAAGUUGGUGAGGUUACAUACGUGGAGCUCUUUAAGGAUGCGGAAGGAAAAUCCAGGGGUUGUGGUGUGGUUGAAUUCAAAGAUGAAGAAUUUGUGAAGAAAGCACUGGAAACUAUGAACAAAUAUGAUCUUAGUGGAAGACCACUCAAUAUUAAGGAGGAUCCUGAUGGCGAAAAUGCUCGGAGGGCACUGCAGCGAACAGGAGGCUCCUUCCCAGGAGGCCACGUGCCCGACAUGGGGUCGGGGCUGCUGAAUUUACCGCCGUCCAUUCUCAAUAACCCAAACAUUCCUCCUGAGGUUAUCAGCAAUUUGCAGGCUGGUAGACUUGGUUCCACAAUUUUUGUUGCUAAUCUUGACUUCAAAGUUGGUUGGAAGAAGCUAAAGGAAGUGUUCAGCAUAGCUGGAACUGUAAAGCGGGCAGAUAUUAAAGAAGACAAAGAUGGCAAGAGCAGAGGAAUGGGUACGGUCACUUUUGAACAAGCAAUUGAAGCCGUUCAAGCUAUUUCUAUGUUCAAUGGGCAGUUUUUAUUUGACAGACCGAUGCAUGUGAAAAUGGAUGACAAGUCUGUCCCUCAUGAAGACUACCGUUCACACGAUAGUAAGGCACCACAAUUACCACGUGGUCUUGGAGGCAUUGGAAUGGGACUUGGUCCAGGCGGACAGCCUAUUAGUGCCAGCCAGUUGAACUUAGGUGGUGUCAUGGGAAAUUUAGGUCCAAGUGGAGGCCUGGUGGGACAGUGGCUAAAGUGCUCAGCUGCUAACCGAGAGGUCAUCAGUUUGAACCCACCAGCCGCUUUACGGGAGAAAGAUGUGGCAGCCUGCUUCCGUAAAGGAAUUGGGUUUGGUGGCCUGGAAGCAAUGAAUAGCAUGGGAGGAUUUGGAGGAGUUGGCCGGAUGGGAGAGCUAUACCGUGGUGCAGUGACCAGCAGCAUGGAGAGAGAUUUUGGACGUGGUGAUAUUGGAAUCAGUCGGGGCUUUGGAGAUUCCUUUGGUAGACUUGGCAGUGCAAUGAUUGGAGGGUUUGCAGGAAGAAUAGGAUCUUCUAACAUGAGUCCAGUAGGAUCUGGAAUAAGUGGUGGAAUGGGUGGCAUGAACAGUGUGACUGGAGGAAUAGGGAUGGGCCUGGACCGGAUGAGCUCCAGCUUUGACAGAGUGGGGCCCGGAAUAGGAGCCGUCCUGGAAAGGAGCAUCGACAUGGAGCGAGGAUUUUUAUCAGGCCCAGUGGGAAGCGGAAUGAGAGACAGGAUAGGCUCCAAAGGCAACCAGAUAUUUGUCAGAAAUCUGCCUUUCGACUUGACUUGGCAGAAACUAAAAGAGAAGUUCAGUCAGUGUGGCCAUGUCAUGUUUGCAGAAAUAAAAAUGGAGAAUGGGAAGUCAAAAGGCUGUGGGACAGUCAGAUUUGACUCCCCGGAAUCAGCGGAAAAAGCCUGCAGAAUAAUGAAUGGCAUAAAAAUCAGUGGCAGAGAGAUCGAUGUCCGCUUAGAUCGCAAUGCAUAAUUUCGGACCACGCUUAGAACAUUCCUACAUCUGUUUUGCUGAAUCUCCUAGUAAAAGUCAUUUUUUAGUAUACUGUAUGCUUACAAAAGCUGUAAAAAUGAACUUUUAAAAUUCCCACCAGCUUUUAACAGUAUAAUGUUGAAAAUAUACUGUGAUUUUUGUUAAUCUCGAGUUUGGGUUUUUAAAGACAGAGAGUCUGGUCAUUCAGUUUAAAUGAAUGGUUAUACUGUUUUUAAUCAAAUAAGCCAUUUCCUUGUUGUUAUUGUCAGUACUGCUUAGUGGAAUUUAUUUGUUCAAGUUUCCCCUGCUUUCAUCAACUUACUGUAAGGUAAAACAUAGAUGGUUUUUUCAAAAUUUCUGUUUUAUAUAUAUGUAGGUGUCCUUAAAAAGAAAGGGCUCAGGCAGGUUAGGUUGUGGUUUUGGUUGGUCUUAAGUUGCAUUUCUUUGGUGAUAUAAAAGAAAAAAAUUACUGUAAGUUUUAGAUCCUGAAGUUCAGGAUUUUUUUAUUGGACUUAAAUGAAGAAAUGGAUUCCCCCCCCACCACCAGUUAUUCACAUUUUCCACAUACUAUUAAUCAUAUCAACCUCCGCAGCCCCUUAUUUUCUUAUUUCCAAUAAUUCCAAGUUCAUACAAAACUGAUAAUGUAGCCAGCCCCAAGUAUAAUAAUAGGCAGACUACUCCCAGCUUUCUGUCUAGUUUCCAGCCAUUGAAGUGAACUGCUAAAAAAAGAAAGAUGAUUGAAAUGUUCAGAGAGAUGGUUAUGUAAGUGAGUCCUCUGCUGUUCACUUCGACAGGAGCUGAUGCAUUUACAAACGCGGUGUUAAUAAACCAUGGGACACCUAGGCAUAACAUAUCAAACACGUUGGAUCCCACGAUGUUAGCCAUUGCCAUAUCGCCUUUACCUGCAGAAGGAAAGCACGCUGUGAAAAAUAGGCAUCCUAAUGCUGUGUUUUAUUCAGAAUCGUCAUAGGAAGAUACACUGGAUACGGUUUUUGUUUGUUGGUUUUGGAAAAUCGUUGUAUUAGUGCAAAAGUCUUACUGAAUUUGUAUUUUUUAAAUUUUUUUUUUGGUUAGUAUUUAAAGUCUUAACAUUUAUUUAUCUGAGAAUUAUUUUUAUUUAUUAAACCUUUUUUCAAUAAGGUAUGUAGAUUAUUGCUUUUCAUUUUAAUUCAACGUGAUUAAUUUAGAUUUAUUGCACGUUUCAGGUGAGUAUUACUUGGGGAUCAGAUUUAGUGAAAUUAAUCUUCUGUUAAAUAGUAAACCCUUCCUCUCGAGUUUUUUUUUCUUCAAAGUAUGUUACUGAGGAAGUAGUUUUAAAGUUACCCUUGCUCAUUGCAUUCUAGCCAGGCUUUACGAAUCUCCACUGUGGCUUGAGGGACCUAACGUCUUACCUUUUCUUGCAACUAACACACUUGCAAUGGUGUCUGGUAUGCUUGUCCCUGCUGCUAAUAAAGUGAGGCCCAUUACCGUGUCUGGAAUUUCUAGUGCUUCCCCUGCAAUAAACACAGAUGUUCCCAGUUACCAGUACUGUACAUUCACUAGCCAUCCUCUGGAGACAGUUCAGGUGUUCCUCCCCAGGCACAUUGAGAUCACAGAACCGGCUGUGCUUAGUUUUUAGCUAGCGAAAUUUCUGAGGAAGGGUGGUCAGUGGUGUAGCCCAGCUGGCAGAGGUUUUUAGUGACAGAUGUCUCAGGCUAUGAAACAGCUGGAAUGCUGUCAGUGAGUAACUCCCCUGUCUGAUACGGCUGGAGUUGACUCAGAGGCAUACACACUUACAGGAGUUGUGAUGUCCACUGUGGCCUCAUCACAACUGUUGUUUCUUAUGUUCUAAUGAAAUUGACCGUUGUUCUCUUUUUAAAAAAUUUUCCUUAAGGUGAUCAGAGAUAAAUUAUUUACAGCUGUCUUUAAGCUAUAAAUGUGUAAGCGUGGUAUACCAUGCUAACAUUUUUUUAAGGUCUUAGGUGGUGUCUCAGUGUUGUUCGGAAAAGCAUUGUCUCUGAGGGUUCUCCUUGAGUCUUUCUAACAUAUAGUCCCAAUUUAUUAAUACUUGUGUUAAAGUUGGUGUCAGUUCAGCAUUCUUCAGAAAUGCAUUCAUUCUGGGAAACAGACUGAGGAAGUUAAAAGAGUACAUGUAACCACUCUUUUAAUAUUAAAUUAGAAACUUGCUUUAGAAACUUUUAAUCUUUUUUUUUUUUUUUUUUGCUUAAAAUGACAAUUUAAAAGACCUGAUUAAGAAAGUAGCCUAUUUAUUUCGUGCUUCUGUGUUGAUAUUAGAAGUAUAAUGGUUGUUGGUUUUUGUUACUGGCAUUGCCCGAGUGCACAUGCACAUAAAUAACACUCAUCUAUUUAUCAUCUCGGGGAGUGGGAGGGGGCUGUUCCAUCACCUAUGACUUGAUUUUGUUCUCUCCCUGUUUUCCUAAUAUCAAAUGUGUUUAUGGCUGAGAAAGUCUUAGAGGUUUAAUAUGUAAGCUAAUUGGACUUUUCUUUAAUCUUCCUCAUUAAAAAAAGAAAAAAGAACAUUCCAUUUUCUGCUACCAGACUGUUCUAAGUCUUAUAUUAAUCUGGGGAAAGCUUUAUAUAAAGGGUCAGCAGAUUUUUUUGUAAAGGGCCAAAUAGUAAUUAUUUUAGGCUUUGCAGGCCAUGUAGUCUCCGUUGCAAGUACUCAGCUCUAGCUCCGGAAAUGUAGCAUAAAAGCAGCCCUAGGUACUAUGUGAAUGAACGGGUGUGAGUGUAUUCAGUAAAGUUGUCUUAGCACAAACAGGAGGUGGGUGAUUUUGGCACGCCCUUGGCAGUUUGCUGACCCCUGAUGUAAGUCAGUUAAUUCAGGUUAAGCUUUUUGGUAGAAAUUCUUUGUUUUUUUGUUCUAUAUUCAUAUCCAGUUUUUCCUCCUGGGACUAGGAGUUCUUGAGACUAGAGCUGAUAAUUAAAUCUUAAUCAUGAAGAUAGUAGAAAACUAAAGGAAACUGUAUUUUUAUACCUUUUCAUUAUUUCACAGUAUGCUUAUAUUGCCAUUUUAAAAAGCAAAAAAAUACAUAAUCCAGUUAAACAGCGAGCACCUCUCAUUUUCCAAAAACACUGGCUCUUUGCUGUGAUUUUCAUUACGGAGCGUAACCCAGUGUAUUAGAGUUUAUCGUGGACCUCGGCUAACGUGACUCAGUCAUUAGCGUGAUGGGGAGACACCCUGCGAGUUAGGGUUCGUUUAUAAGAUGGCUUGUACCCCUGGACCAUAUGAUAGUGUGACUGUAGUUGACCUGUGAUACACAACUCACAAAACCUGAAGGAGGUUGCUGUUACAGAACUUAACAUUACUGAUCAGUCUUUGUGUAAACGGUACUUAAAUUCAGUCUGGCAGAAAAAGAAACUUGCUCCCUCUCUAGAUUACUUGUAGUGAACAUAUGCGACUUGUUCUUACAUGAGACCGUUUUCUCUUUAAAUUGUGCAGUUGUAUUUACGAUACGUACCAGUUAUUGUGACCAUCCAAACCAGAAUGUAUGUAAAUGCAGAUAUCCAUAACGCAGACAUGAAAAACGUUAUCACAAAAUAGUUUUUCCAAACCUUUCUUCUACAGUCUGGUGUGGUUAGAAAAAGUAAUGUAAUAAUGGGAAGGGAUAAUACCCAAAAAAUUCUUUUUAAGUCUGCUUCAGGCAUGUUGAAAACACUUGGUGGAUCUGUUGAAAAAUUAAACAAUUUUGAGUUUCCUUAAUUUCCAGUUAAGUUGGAAAUGUCCAUUUAGAAAGCUAUAUUGAAAUAAAUUAGCUGUAUCGGUUUUUAAAAAGCUGUUUAAAACAUUUGAAUACUUCAUUACUGAUACUGCUGGCAGAAAGACGCUAAUAGAGAUUUUAGAGCAGAAAAUGUAAAAUGUGAUACUCAGUGUUUCUUAGUUUGGGGCCUUAAAUCCAUCAGAAUGUUUUGGGCCAUUCACUAAACAUGUUAGAGAUAAUGUUUAUGAAGUGCCAGUUGAACGUCUCUUGGUUUUCUACAGUGUGGAAUGUCUACAGUACCUUUUUGCUUAUGUGAAUGACCUGGCUUCCACCCCCAUUGCCGUCGAGUUGAUUCCUACUCAUGGUGACCUUAUAGAACAGCGUAGAAAUGCCCCAUAGGGUUUUCAAGGAGCAGCUGGUGGAUUUGAACUGCUGACCUUGCAGUUAGGUUCUUAACCACUGUACCACCAGAUCUCCAGCUACUCCAGUUGCCUCCACUACCCAGGAAUGAUGAUACCUCUGAGCUGCCCUGAGCUGAUACAUGCUUCAAAAAAAAAAAAAAAAAAAAAGAACAGAGAGUACAGCUGCCCCAUAGGGCUUCCAAGGAGCGAGACUGGUGGAUUUGAACUGCCAGCCUUUUGGUUAGCAGUCAGUCUCUUUAACCACUGUACCACCAGGGCUUCAAGUGCAUGCUUAGGGAAUGUAAAAGCAUUACAGCAUGAUCUUUUUAUGAAGUUACAUAUCCCAUAUUCCAUUCUAAUUUCAUUCUAAGUGUUUUUUGGGGGGGGGGGGCUGUUUCAUUAUUUCAUUAAUUCACUUAAUUCAGAAUUCACGUAAUUCUUAGACACUUAAGAAAAUAGGAACUAGUAGAUAAUCUGCACUGUAACUUAUAAAAAUUAAGUAUGUUCCUAUAUUCAACUUGCUUUAUAAAGUUAGAAGAUAGUGAUGAUGAUAAUAUAUUGGAUAAAAAUGGGAAUUCACUUUAAAAUUGUUUAGCAUUUAUAAAAUAAUGUAUCCAUGUGAUGAUAAUCACAUUAUACAACUAACAACCAAACCCAGUGCUGUUGAGUCGAUUCUGCCUCAUAGCGACCCUAUAGGACAGAGUCGAACUGCCCCAUAGAGUUCCCAAGGAGCGCCUGGCCGGUUCAAACUGCCGACCCUUCGGUUAGCAGUCGUAGCACUUAACCACUACGCCCCCAGGAUUUCCAUUUUACAACUAGGGUUGGUAAGAUAACUCAUGUAAAAGUUUUCCAAGCCUCACCCAAUGGCCCAUUAAGUAAUAUUAGAUAUAACUUUAUUGUAAUAUAAGCAUUUGGACUGGCUCUUUUGAGUUUCUUGUUAUAAAAUUUAACUCAGAGAAGCAUACCUCUUAUACCCAAAGACUGUUAUAAACUAUCAUUUUUUUGUGUGAAGAGGGAGAAAAGUCAUGUUAAAUUUCUUAAAAAUAGUAGAUGAAGGUCCCUUUUUAAUACACUUAAUUAAAAUUAGGAGCUGUUUUGUUCAACCACUUUAUGAAAAGUAAUCUUGAAGUUUGUUUCCAUCUAUAGCUGAAAUUGACUUUGUACUGAACAUUGUAAACUAAAUGCUGCUGCUUCGAGCAACAUGUUCAAAAACCAAACUGUUUCUUCUUCUCCAAACCAGCCUCUU